UGCCGCGCCAGAGGUCAGCAGAGCUUAAGUUGUGGAAACUGGCGAGGUGCGCAUCAGUUGGACACGCUCCGUUAUUACUUAUUAUACGAAUCACUGACAUUUUUACAGGAUACCCGGAUAUUUACUAAGUAAAGAUUUACUGCAAAAGUGACUGAAGAUGUCACCCUACAGUAUAUGUUGAGGAAAGAAGUUUUCUCGUAGGCUGCUCUUUGACUCGACUGCACACAAAACCGAUUUUUCCUUCUUUCUUUCCAAGAAGCCAACCUAUAUGUAUAUACUUUUCAUUUUAAUUUUACACAAUGGAACAUCUGGACGAAAGCUUCAUAAACAUGACCUACUCAUUGUGUGACUUCGGAAUACAGAAUGAGACCAUUAUCUGCAUUCAAGAAAACGACACUCAACCUCCAGCAGCACUGCAAUCGUCUCAAGGUACAGAAAAAAAGUUGGCUAGGUUUUUAUUGGACAGUGAGGAUCGUUUUAUACAGCUUGAUAUUCCUGCUCAGUAUAGUUGGAAAUUCACUCAUUAUUGCUGUGCUGGUAAGAAACCGGCGCAUGAGGACAGUAACAAAUAUAUUCCUGCUGUCUUUAGCUGUGAGCGACUUGAUGCUCUGUCUCUUCUGUAUGCCCCUCAACCUAAUCCCCAAUCUGAUGCAAGAUUUCCGAUUUGGUAGCAGCGUCUGCAAACUUGCCACCUACUUCAUGGGUAUCUCAGUAAGCGUGUCCACAUUCAGCCUAGUUGCUAUUUCUCUGGAGAGAUAUAGUGCUAUCUGCAACCCUUUGAAGUCCAGAGCCUGGCAGACCAAGUCUCACGCUUUAAAAGUAAUCUCUGCUACUUGGGUUGUUUCUUUCAUUAUUAUGCUACCAUACCCUAUCUCCAGUUCCUUGGUUCCCUUUAACAGAAGUAAUAACAGCACUGGAAACAUGUGUCGCCUGACCUGGCCAAGCGAUGUAAUUCACCAGUCUUGGUCCAUCUUUUUGCUACUGAUUCUAUUCCUUAUCCCUGGCUUUGUAAUGAUGACUGCUUAUGGACUAAUUUCUUUAGAACUCUACAGAGGAAUUAAGUUUGAAAUGGGCGUUAGGAGAUCAUCCAGAGAGAGAAAGUUCAGCACCAGCAGCUUCAAACAGCAUGACGGAGAUGGAUGCUAUCUUCAAAAACCCAAGAAAAAAAAAAUGGAAAUGCAGACAGUGACCACCACCAGCAGCAGCCUCAAGAUCAACAGGAUGAGAAGCAACAGUUCGACAGCCAACCUGAUGGCCAAAAAGAGAGUAAUCCGUAUGUUAAUUGUCAUUGUGAUCCUGUUCUUCAUUUGCUGGACCCCUUUAUUCAGCGCCAAUGCCUGGAAAGCCUUUGAUCGGAAUUCUGCUGGCAGACUGCUCUCAGGAGCACCCAUUUCAUUCAUCCAGCUGCUCUCUUACACUUCAGCCUGUGUGAACCCCAUUAUUUACUGCUUUAUGAACAAACGUUUUCGAAUGGGCUUCUUGGCUACAUUCACCUGUUGCAAGAAAGGCCAUGCCCUUUCACGGGACGUCGAUGACGAGGGAGGAAAUACAGGUGCCAGUCUUUCCAGCAGGCUCACGCAGACCCAGAAGUGCUAAGAGAAUGUCACAGCCAAGUCCGGAGGCGGCCUGGAAUAACGUUUGAGAAAUGGAAAUCGGACUGCAUUGAGCAGACAACUGAAUCAGCACUUGGAACGAGGCGCUUUCUCAUGGGAUUAAAGAUUCUGGUGACACGAGAGAACUACUAAAGCCCUCCAUGCAAAUGUGAAAACCUGUAUGGGACAACACAUUAGGCCAAAAAAAAGGAAUCCUAAAGCUUGGCUGUGUGGCUCAUGGUAACGUGACAUUUCUUGGCUCUUGAGCCACUGUGAAGUGAGAUCACUGGCCAAUGCAGGACAAAGUAAAAAUCUUGGAGGGCAGGGAGCUAUCCAGUCCUGAAUUUGCAAAGUCACGUAUUCUGUUACAGGAGGGUGCUACUGAACUUGGAUCACAGACGCCUGUGAAGUUAUUGGUUGGACUCCAUUGUUAGUCUGAUGUUGUGUUUACUUGUCACUGUCCUCAAUCUUUGCAUUUUGAACUACUUCAAUGUAAGAAACAUAGCAAAGAUGUGCGUGAAUAUUGUGACGUGCUGGUCCACUAGGGUGCAUGUACUUUUUGUUUUUUAACGUUGUUGUGAAACGUGACAAAGAAUGUGCAGUUCCUCUGCAGGGCUCAUUCCACACAGAGUUGCUUCAAAAUUGCUUAGUCAGAGAGCAUAACAGUCAUAUCAAAACAGCAACUUGCACUUUUAGGAACUAAAAUCUGUGAGCUAAAGCAGGUUUGGUAAACGCCGUGAAGAACCAACGGUACAACCGUAAGAUCAUUCAGAACCCUCAUUGUGAUUAAACAACAGCUUUAAUAAGACAUGAAUCAGACUCGGUAAGCUGCACCCACUGCUGGGUCAAGGGGCAAACAUUGACUAUAAGAGAGGAUCGCCUCUGGCUGGGAUGCUAGUCCAUUGCAUAGGCAGCACGAGUGUGGCAUGUAGGAGGAAACCCAAAUUUACUUCAUCCUUUUGAGCGUGUAAGUAAUUAACCCUAAAAUUACCCCAGAACAGUAUAAGAGGUUUUUGAAACAUGUCUUUUUAGUUUUGUUGGUCAGGCCACAGAGUCCAGACCUGGUCACCCACUGUGUGACAGUAAAUAUAUUGUCACUAUGUUCACGUGAUUCUUCUCUUACUUGCUCUUAAAGGUCGGCCCUUCAGAUCCUCUGUCUCUUUGUAUCUCUGCUCUUAGGCCGAGCACCUUGAAAUCGCUUGCCAUUAAGUCUCUUCACCUAAGCCACUGCCUUUCUCCCAAUCUCCCUCCUUUUCUCAGACAGCUACCAUGCUUUUCCAGUUGGGUUAUCCUCGCCAUUGUGCCCAGUGCUCCUCAUUGUACUUUGCCAAGAACACCCAGAGCCCUGCCAUUUUGUGGAUUACCUCAUUUGUUUUUGUUUCCUAUAAAAAGUCCCUCAGCAGCCAUUACAGCAAAUGCAUUUCUGUUCUCCUCCUCCUUUCUGAUGGUCUGAGCUCCACUGAUCGGGCUGCUGUCUUAGACAACAAUUAAUUUUAACUUCGUUAUUCAUCCUGCACUAAUUCUUUUCUUUAUUGAUGUUUCACAGACAACUUUUACCUCAAACAGCAAGUCCAAGCAUUUGAUGUGCUCCAGUAGUUGUAGCUCUGCAUGUGUUCUGUGUACAACUCUUAUUCUAUGGCACCAUAACCCCUAGCUUGUAGUCCUAAUCCUUUGUGCUCCAGUACUUCUUGCCAAAUCCAUAGUCUUGCUCUGUAGUUCAUCUUUCAAAAGUGCUACUGACGCUUAAUCAUCAGCAAAGAAGUAGAUCUUACUUUUUUUCAUUUUGGAUAUUUUUGUUUAGUACAGCCAUCACCAGAUGUCCCCAGAGACGUGUGUGUUAGGUUCACGGAUGCCAUGACUGAGAGACUGAGUGUGCCCGAUGACCAACUGCCAUUCCAGGUUUGGUUGCCUAAAGAGGACGCAUCUAGAAUAGACUGUGGCUAAGAGCGCCCAGAAUUGGAAUAAGCUAGUGGAGAAAAAUGAAUGGAUUAUUGGGCAGAAUACCUUUGUUUUAAAUUAAGCCUACAUUUAUCGUGGAUUACGGCCUUUCUCAGAGGAUACAACACAAAUCCAGUAGAAAGAGGCGCAUCAGACAGGUGAAUAGUUUAUGGCAGUUGUAAAUGAUGUCAACUGAGACACCAGCCACUCUCAAGAAAUUCACAGCUAUUGUGAUCAAUCAGCUGGGAGAACUUUGGGUCAGACCCAGAUAACCUGGAUUAUUGUACAAGGCGAUCAAAACGGUGGCACCCACCGAGGCUAAGCAUGUAACCACUUAAAAGCUAAACUCAACCAACAGGGAUUGAUAUACAAAUUGAAGAAAGGAUGGUUGUAGUUUUAACCUACUCUACUAGAGAGAUUCUAAUAACUUACUGUGUUUAAAAAUUCAAAUGGACACAAAUAACUGAUAUGCCAAUGUGGGUGUACAGUGGCAGCAUAUCUUGAGAUGUUCACAUCUGGAACUGCAAGGCUGAAGGUCAAGAGUUCAUUAUUACAGCCAACUUAGAACCGUAGAAUGUCAGACUACGAAAGAGAGAAAGAAAGAUUUUAAAGAAGAAGGAAAUGCACAGUCCUCACUAGCACGGUAAGAUAGCUUAGUGCCACAGGAUAAAUCCUAAAACUUCAAAGAUAGAUAGAUAGAUACUUUAUUAAUCCCAAAGGGAAAUUCACAUACUCCAGCAGCAGC